AUGUCUACCGCACAGUCUCCAUUGGAUGCCGCGUUCGACGCCCUAGUUGAAGGUGGCCUAGAAGAAUGGAAGAUUCCUGGUCUAUCUGUCGCAGUAGUAGACAAUGAAGAUACAUUCUCGAAGGCCUACGGGUUCGCCGAGUUCCCCGACAAGAAGAUGACCACGGACGCGCUAUUCUUAGCUGCUAGCACAACCAAGGCAUUCACUGCAGCGGCUACGUCGAUAGCCAUUGAAGACAGCAAAGGAACCGCAUCACCAAUUGACUGGGAUACUCCGAUCUCAUCCAUCAUUCCAGAAGACUUUGUUCUAUCGGAUGACUAUGCUACCAAGCACACUACGCUCGAAGACGCCCUCUCGCAUCGAUCUGGCUUCCCGGGUCAUCUAUGGCCAGUGAAUUAUGGAGACAAAGAUGCGACAGUGCGCGAAAGUGUUCGCUCGCUCAGACACAUGCCACUAUCGGCCCCUCCGCGUACUAAAUUUCAGUAUACCAAUCACAUGUUUGUUGUGAUGACACACCUGCUAGAGCAGCAUACAGGGAAACCACUCGGAUCCUAUUUGAAAGAGAAGAUAUGGGGUCCUCUCGGUAUGAACGAGACCUACUUCUCUACCGAAGAAGCCAAGAAACUUCCGUCCAGCGCUGCCAAGAUUGUCAAGGGGUAUACAUGGAUCCCCGAAGAAACUGGCGGACACUGGUUCGAAGAACCCGAGGCAAAUUGGAGACCGAAUACCGGCGGUGGGGCCAACGUCAGCAAUGUUUUGGAUUAUUCACGCUGGGUCCGCGAAUUGAUUCAUCGUACGGGGCCAUUAAAGGGCCACGACUCCUUGACCAAACCGCGGACCCUUCUUUUCGAGGACGGCGAUAUCAAUCUUCCCGCGCCAUAUCGCGGAUAUGCGUUGGGUUGGUUCGUCGAUCACUACCGCGGCCAGCACCUUUAUUCGCAUUCGGGUGGUUGGCCCGGAUAUUCGACGUAUGUGGGAUUCUUGCCAGAGAAGAAGUUCGGCUUUGUGCUGAUGGGUAGCUCCAAUUCUGCCCGAUACCUCCUCGUCAGGCUGGCAGUGCAUCUCAUGGAUAAGCUACUUGGUCCAAUUGAUGACCCACUGCAUGAAGAGAAGAUGAAAGAGUUCUAUGCUCUGCAUGAUAAGAUCAAGAAGAGGACUCUCAAGUACCAUCCUGAGGAUAUGGAUGAAAUCAAGCGAAAGAUAUUCCCCUCGUUGGCCGACCCUCCUGUUCCUCAUACUUUCCCACUGGAGAAGUAUGUCGGAACGUAUAGGCAUUCUACUGGCAAUUGGGUUCCUGUUGUUCUAGGGGAUGAUGGGAAUUUGGGCAUUGAUGCAGCUCAAGGAGCAAUUUCCGGCUACUUGACUCUUACGCAUGCUAGUGGUGAAUUCUUCGUCGCAAAGAUGAAGUCUAGUAAUCUUGCCGUGAUGGAACCCGUGGCUGUGGAGUUCUAUAUCGAUUCCUCGGGGGUCGUCAAGAAGAUCGGGUUGGCCCUGGAACCUGCCUUGGAAGGGGAGAAGAUCUGGUUUGAAAGGAGCGAAUCUUGA